CGUUGGUUAUUUGGCGCGUAAGCAUCGGAGAGUAUCGCCUUGGCAGUGUGGCAAUAUCGAGUUGUGAUGUUGCUGGUGUUGCGGAAACAUCUCGUACCCAACCGGCGAGACAAAAUCGCGAAAUGGUGACCACAAAUAGAUAGGCUUUAAGAGCCCAAGGAAUAUAUCGUAUAUAGAUAACAAAGAGAUCGAUUCGGUUGUGCUUAUGGAAUAAAAGUAAUCCAGCGGUGAUUGCAAAGUGAAGUGAUCAGUAAUCAAAACUCAAGUGGCAAGAAAGGCGAAAGGCGAGCAAACGCUGUAGGCGGAGAAGCAAAAGUAACUUAGGCACAUGCAACAACUGGAUACGGAUACGCUUUUCAAGCCCUGAACAGCCGCCGACCAACGAGCACCCACCCACAAGUCAAGAUGCACCUGUACCUGGUGCUGAUCUCAUGUCUGGUGAGCUCCUCGCACUGCUGGCAAUUUGAUGGCGGAGGUCAUCGAAGGGCCAGGAAUACGGGCCGGAAUCCACCACCCGCAUCCGGAGGCAGGGGAUCCGCCGCCAUGUUGGGUUCCCAGCAGCAGGACGUCCUCUACGCCUGUCCACUCAACUCCAUGUGCCAGUGCGCCGGCCUGCCCAACGAGACAAGCACCCUGAUUGAGAUUAAUUGCAACGAGGUGGCCCUGUACAAGUUUCCAGAGUUCAUGCACAGCAGUGUGCGCUACAUCGAAAUGUCCAACACUCACCUGCAAAGUGUCGACGAUGAGACAUUCCAGGGACUGCGUCUCAAGACACUGAAGCUAAUCGACAACGAACUGCAGGAUAUAUCCGAGAGGAGUUUCAGCACGAUGGCACACUCGCUUAUGACAUUGGAUAUAUCUGGCAACAAGAUGCAGCACUUGCCACUGGAUGCACUGCAGCGAUUACACUCCCUCUCACGACUGGUGGCACAGCGCAACCACAUAACCACUUUGGAUGGUAAUUGGGACUCCCAACAUGAUACCCUUCGCUCCUUGCACAUGUCCGACAACGAUAUCACGGAAGUGGCGCCGGGAGGUGGAUCAAUAGAAGUGGUUUCCCAGAGUGACAAUAGUUCACAGCCCUCAAGCUUGGCCGCUAUCCAGACGAGAUUGGAAACGAGUAAUUCUCUUUAUCCACCAUCUCCUAGUUACGGAGACCGGACAACAGGAGGUCGUCCUUUCGAACAGCUCCAAAAACUACUCUGGCUGGACCUUUCCAACAACCGUAUCUACCACGUUGCCGGGAACUAUCUACCGAAAUCACUAGUAACAAUGGACUUGUCUAGCAAUCUCCUAACAGUCUUUCCUCAGCAACUCUUUGAACAACUUCCUGAGUUACGGAUCGUAAGUUUAAGGGAUAACCUAAUUCGGAAUGUACAGUGGAAAGAACUGCAAGUGAGGCCACUGCGAAUGCACCUUGAACGCUUGGAUUUAGGACAGAAUUGCAUUGAAAGCCUGGAAUCCGACUAUUUCCAACAAAACUAUUCGGAUGUUCACUUAAGGGCCUUAAAUCUAGAACAGAACUUUGUGACUCAGCUGCCCGAGGCCGUUUUUAAGGCCACGGGCAUAGCCCAUCUGGUGCUGGCCUUCAAUGCUAUUAGUCGCGUACAUCCAUCGGCCUUUGAGGGCUUAACCGAUACCCUGGAGUAUCUAGACUUGGAGAGAAAUCGACUUACUACAGUACCAGUGGCUUUAUCUUCGCUGCAUCGCCUGAAGUACCUCUACCUGACCUCCAAUCAGAUUAGCCAGCUGAGUAAUCUGCCAUCGUUCACGGAAAAUCUUCGUGUGCUUAGUCUGAGUGGCAAUAACUUCACCAUGAUUCCAGUUCUCGGCCUGAAAAACUACACACAACUUUCGUAUUUAAACAUGGGUUACAACUGCAUUUCAGAUAUCCCCGAAGGUAUUUUUGCUGUGGAUUCCUGGGGAAGCAAUCUGCAGACAAUUCUGCUGCGGAAUAAUAAGAUAACCCAUCUACAUUUGGGUUCCUUCGCAGGAUUGGAGCAGAUUCAGGAGAUUAGUUUGAGCUUUAACGAUAUAACCAUACAUCAUCCACUUGUAUUUGAAAAUGUUUCGAGAAGCCUUAAGAUUCUGGAACUCUCCUUCGCAGUUUUUCCAGCAAGAAGUCUGGAGAGCUUGGACCCAUUAGAUGCCCUACUACCGCUUUCCCAGCUCAUUUGGCUGGGUCUGGACAACAAUAACCUAAAGCAAAUCACGAAUGAAUCCUUCGCACAGAUGAAGGAGUUGAGCUACAUUAAUCUAAGCUUUAACCAGCUGAAGGCACUGCCCCGCGGACUCUUUCAGUCCGAUGUCCAUAGCCAUCUGGUGGAAAUUGAUUUGUCCUACAACGCCUUGGAGCGGCUGGAAGCGCAGACGUUUCAUAGCCUUGGGGAUUUGCAGACACUUAAUCUGCAAUCGAACCGCUUGAGGACCAUAGCACGCCAUGCUUUUCAGAACCUCGAGUUCCUACGCUACUUGGAUUUGUCUCAUAAUCGUCUGGUCAACAUCUCGCACGGCGCCUUUACGGUUCUGCCCAAUCUGGCUGCUCUGGAUCUCAUGCACAAUCAGCUGUGUUCAUUGUCCUUAAAGUCAUUUCUCUAUGUCUCCAAUACUACCACGCCAUUGCGACUCAAUGUUAGUCACAAUCACAUAUCAACCUUUUAUGACGAGCUGAGCAGCUACAUGUACAUUUACCAGCUGGACAUCAGUCACAAUCAUGUGGUCAAGUCGGAUAGCUUUACCAACCUGGCGAACACGCUGCGGUUUCUUAACUUGGCCCACAACCAGCUGGGAACUCUUCAGAGCCAUGCCUUCGGAGACCUAGAGUUCCUGGAGAUCCUAAAUGUAGCCCACAAUAAUCUCACCUCGCUAAGGCGUCGCAGUUUUCAGGGCUUGAAUAGUUUGCAAGAACUAGAUCUUAGUCACAACCAGUUGGAUCAGCUGCAGGUGGAACAGUUCUCAAACCUAAGGAAACUGCGGAUCUUGCGGAUCAACGCAAAUCGAUUGAGGGCUCUGCCGCGAGAAGUCUUUGUGAAUACACGACUGGAAUUCCUGGACAUAGCCGACAAUCAGUUGAGCGUCUGGCCAGUUCCGGCCUUUACGGACAUCGGAUUUACUCUUCGCUCCAUCCAGAUGUCCCACAACAAUCUUGAGUACUUGGAUGCCUCGAUGUUCAUCAACUCGCAGUUCCUGUACGACAUCAGUUUGGCCCGUAACCGCAUCACCAUUCUCCCGGACAAUACAUUCAGUUUUCUGAACAAUCUGACCAACCUGGAUCUGUCACAGAAUCCCCUGGUGACGACCAACCUGCGGGAGGUGUUUGUACACACGCCGCGACUGCGGAAACUGAGCCUUCACCACAUGGGACUGUAUGUCCUGCCGCCACUGAAACUGCCCCUUCUCUCUUACCUCGACGUGAGUGGAAACUAUCUACAGGAACUGUCCCCACUGGGAUCCCUACGUCACCUGCGUCACGUCAAUGUCUCGCACAAUAAACUUACGAAUGCCAGUUGUGCGGCGGAGCACUUACCGCCCUCGGUUCGCGUAUUGGAUUUGGCCCACAACCCAUUGCGCAGGAUAACACUGCACGAUCUGGCCAGUUUGCGACACCUAGCCGAACUGAAUAUCCUUGACGUGAAGGUGGCCAAUCCACAGGCAUUCUCUAAGCUGCGCUCACUGAGAAAGCUACAUGCCAGUUCGCAUGCAAAUCUGGGUGAGAUUGUGGCCAGGAUACCAGGGCUGCAACAACUGAAGGUCCACUGCCUGGAGCCGAAUAUUGGUCCACAGCUCUUUGCCAAGUUGGCCAAUAACACGAAAAUCCGACUGCUUGAGCUGUAUGGUAGCAACGUUCAGACCAUAGCUCCCGAUGUCUUCACCGGACUGUCGCGCAACCAGCGAUUACAGGUGAAGAUCUCGCACACCCGCAUCUCCGACCUUCCCCCUGGCAUUUUCUAUGCCCUGCGAGAGGUGCCUCACCUGUCCAUCGACAUCUCGCACAAUCGCAUCAACGCCCUGGCCGCCGACAGUUUUUAUCCCAACAAGAGCUACUGGGAUGCCGUGGGAACUCGGAGCAUUAUGGGUGGACUCAUUACCUCUCACAAUCCCCUGGAAUGUGAGUGCGGACUGGUCUGGUUCGGUCACUGGCUGCGACGAUGGCUAAGGGAGUCUGCCCAGAUCAAGGUUAUCCAGAAGGACGACCUCAAGCGCAUGGUUCAGCGAGCCCGUGCCAACACCUGCCACGAUCCGACAUCAGGUCGGCACCUGCCCAUCUUGGAGAUCUUUCCAGAGGAUCUGCUCUGCCAGGCGAGUGCGUUGAGCAGUUCUGGCCAGCGAAUAUUCCUGUUAUCCUUCGCGAUGGCCCUGUUGACACCCAUUGUGAUGACCACCAUGACUCUCUGAUGUUGGCUUUAGUUGCCGGCAAAGUAAGUUUUAACUACAUCGGACCGGAGGAGGUGGCCUUCCUAACUGACUCCGCUUCUGUGGCAAACUGCUGAAGAUAUUCAACUGUAUGAUAUGUACAUAUAUAAAUAUAUAUAAACUAAUCGGUAGCUACGAAUUUUUGGGAUUUAGCUAAUUGUGAGAGGCAGCCCCGUAACAAUAAAGAUACAGAUAAUUUAAAGACAAGCAAAUCGGUUUAUGUCCACUCGUAAUUGAUAAGUUUUAUAUACAUACGAACAAAGUACAUUUAUAAGUAGUAGAAACAAGUCAUGUGCUGGGCUGAUUUUUUACUCCGACAUACAUACGAGUAUAAGUUUCUUCCAAACUACUGACUAUGAUUUUCAUUGAGCUCAUCAACAAAAGUAAUUUCUUCCGCUCAUUAACUUCCAGCAAAAAGUUCUCUAAAACCGAAACUUCUUUAUACGAAUACUACCCUGAUUCCUCCUCCUGUCGCCCAAUGCAUGACUUUGUGUCUUGGCCAAGAUUUAAGGUAAUUAAUGCAAUUGAUUACGUACACAGAUUCAUAUACACACACCAGCGAACAUAUGAUGAUUCCUAACACACACUCACACACUUAGAGCCUAGUUAAUAAACAGUUUUGCAUCUCCAUAGAUCAACCUAGGACCAUAAGUUGUUAAUAAUAGUUACAUAACUAUUUUUAAAAACAAUUUUGCAAACCAAACUAAUAAUAUGAAGUCUAGUUUUAUUUGCCUAUAAUUUAAAACUUAGACAAGGCCAAUAAGUACAUUAAAUAUAAAUAUAAAUUUAAAUACACACUUAGAUAAACCGAGAAAUAUAUAUAUAUAUAAAAUGGUAUUUACUAAUAAUAUGAACAAUUAUUGGAUAGCAAUUAUUAAUUGUUUUUUAAACAAGAGUAGCGGACAUUGCACAACUAACAGCAAAACUAGAAAGUGGUUUGCAAAAAAUUGCGGGCAGUCAAAUUUUAACAACACACACGCAGACAUAUAUAAGUACAUAUCAGUUUGGCAAAAAAAAAAGGAAAAUAAUAAUAAUGGUAAAAUAAUGAAAAGCAUAAUCGUGUCACAUACAAACAUACACACAACUCCAAGCAAUUUAACUGAGAGGAAUAAAUUACAAAAUAAAAACGUAUCUUUGUUUUUUUUUCGUUCAUUACUCACCAUUUCAGUGAUUUUUUUAUUUCAACCUUUUCAUUUUAUUUGGAUUACAACCAUGACAAUCGUGAUACUAAUUGUAGUUGUUUACACGACGAUGAUGCAAAAUGCACAAGUAAAAUAAUAAUAAUAAUGAUAUUGAUAAAUAAACUAUUGAAUGAGACAAAGUGAACAAAUGAAUUAUGGCAAAGCAAACAUUCUGAAAAAGCUGCUGGUAUUGCAAUCUUUUUUUCACCUAACCAUUAUUUUGGUAUUCUACCCAAAGUCCCACUACCGAAAUCGAAAAUAAAACCCCAAAUGGAAUUUAUAUCAAAUAAUAUUGUACAUAUAUAGCAAACGGACUGGAAUGUUCAUUAUGUUUAUUCAAGCCAGCGUUUAUUUCCAAUUAUUUUUUCAUUUAAUACACAGCGGCUAAAAAAUACGAAAUUUAAAUAAAAAAGAAGAAGUUAAAGUAGUGAAUAAAAAACUGAA